AUGUUGUCGGUUAACAACCAGCGACGUCCUUCAGUUGGCACCAAUAUAACACCGAGUGUAGGUGUAAGAAGACCUUCAGACGAAAACCUUUCACCUUAUAACGAUUCAACGUAUGCCAAUGGUCGCCCACCUUCUCCAUUAGCGUCGCCAACAUUCUCUAGUUAUGCAACACCCAACGGUCCUUUCUCCACACUUGAGGCUCGUUCACGUUCAUCCUCCGUAUCUAGCGCGCAUUCCUCGGGUGGCUACCAUCACGACGAUUUUCAAUCAGAGCAAAAUUUGCCAUUGUCAAAUUCUUUUCGGCAAACGACUAGUGAUUUAGCAUUGACUGCAGGCGACGCAGCCUUCACCAAACGUAAACAUUCACCACCCGAUCGAAUAGUUACAGACCUUGGAGGCUCUGCCUUAGAUUAUCCUCCUAGUUCUAGUGCGACUUCGUUGACUCGUAGGGUUCACAUAACCGGACAUACUCAUGAUCGAAGUAGAUCUACCUCAAUAGACGGAGAUAUUGAAGACUCUGCUUGGCCAUUAGAGAGAGUAUUACGUUGGCUUGAUGAUAACGGCUUUAAAAACAAGUUAUAUGGUGAAGACUUUUUUGCACUUACUAACUUGAUGAACAGCAAGAUUAUAAAGGAUAUUGAUAGUCGAUCUAAAUUGAUAACGGCUAUUAGAAAACUUCGUGAUAGCAGACCAAAACGUCAGUCGUUUUCUGAGAAGGAUUCGCAGACUUUAGGUGGGAGUCCACCUCUCGAAAAUAUGCAAAGCCCCAUUACCGGUCCAUUGUCUUCAACUAGUUCAGUAAUUGGUCAAUUUUCACCUACAAAUCCAAACAUUCCAAAUGGUUCUACCUUUCAAAAUAAAUUAAAACUAUCUACUAGUGUUCCAGAGUUACGUAAUUUCAGCCAAAGGGGGCCGAUUACCAGCCCUAUAAUUAAUCCUCGAACAUCCUCAAUAGGUUGGGACAGAGAGAGUAACAAGAGUCUUUCUCCAAAUUCAGCUAUUCCUGAACAUGAAUUUCAACCAAGUAUUUCGGCUGGACUAAAAUUUGUGGCAGGGAUAUCAAUGUCACAUUUGCCAGAGCAGUCACAUUCUUUUGCUGCUUCACAUUCACAUAAUUUUCAUAAUCAACCUGUUGUACAACAGCAUUCAGUAAGCAAGACAGAAGACAAAAACAUAAGUCCUCAAUCUAGCAGGAGACAGACUAAAUAUACAUCCCAUAAUAGAUCGCAAAGUCACUCGUCAAAUGACAGUGCACUUUUUUCUGCUGAUCCACCAAAGCAAAGAUGGAUUCAAGUAACUGAUAAUAUGAAAACCUUUACUGCAACCGAAAUUACAGAUCUUGAAGAUAUCAAUUCGAUAAAAGAUACAAUAUUCUCUCAACUAAGGAUUGACUGUAAUGAAAAAGAAAAUUAUACAAUUCACGUGACUGAGUUCGGUCAAAAAGAAGGACCACCAAUUAGUGAUCUUGAUCUCAUGCAAAAAUGCAUGAAUGUAGAUGAUCGUGGUAACUUAAAAUUAUUGGUCAAGCGAAAACAACUGCAAAAUGAUUUUAAUUCGAUAGCAGAAGAUCCACAGGAUAUGAAUAGGUUCAAACAUCAUCGGAGACGACAAUCUAGUAAUCGGGUCUCUGGGUCACCUCCUCAAGAUUUGACCUUACAAGAUAAUGAGGUUCACCAUUAUGAUAAGAUACAUCGCAAAACGGCUUCAGGAGAAUUUCAAAAUGAAAAUUACUCACCAAAUCGUAUUGAUUAUAAUUAUAAUUGGAAUUGUGGCACAUCACCAAGGCUUCAAAGACAUCCGGCGAGUUUACAGCCAGCAAAUGGUGCAAUUCGUCGUCACACUAGCAGAGAACAUAUCCCUCAAGCACCUAUGUCUAUUCCUUUAAAACCACAUACCGUUUCACAACCACAUAAUCAAUCCCAGUAUUAUGGUGUUGGGCCAUAUAACCAGUAUCCCAAUAAAUACAGUAAAUCACAACCUCAUUUGCCAAUGUUACAAAAUCCUCUAUCUAUGAACCUUCACGAAUUGCCAGAAAAUGAGUCUCCUUAUGUACAUAAACACAUAAUGUCAUCCGAACCUGAUCUUACACUUAGGAAGUCUGAUAUUCAAUCACAGAACAGUAAUGUAGUUUUUCCGGACAAUGCCGAUGAAAAACCACUUUGGGCAAAAUUGCCAGAUAGUAGUUCUACACGUAUUGACGAAGAAAUAUCUAUAUGGGCUAAGCCACCUAAACCCACAAAUCCUCCGCGAUCAUCCAAUGUAUCAAGUCCUGUGGAUACCUCGCACCAAAUUACAGAUAAAAAUAAUGAUGGCGGUAGGCUUUUAUCAAAUGAUGAAGAAUUAUCAGCCAAAAUACAUAAACGAACUAGUCUUAAACAAAAUGAUAACCAGAUAGCAAUUGACAGAAAUCCUGCUAAUAGUGAACAAAACAAUUUACCUGAAAAUGCCGAACCAAAUAAUAAGGAAGUUGACGAAAUUCAAAGUAUAACCUCGCAAUCACAGCAGACUAAAAAGCGGAAUACUGGUGGACUUGCCCGAACAGUUUCAAAGCGCAGAGGCGUAAAGGUUGAAGAAUCCUGGAUUGAGAGGCCAACUGCAGAAGAUAUUUUUGAAGAUAUAGAGCAAUAUUUUCCCAAUCAUGAUGUUGAUAUGCCUAUUGUUGAUGCUCAGGGAUCUACUCAAAAUUCAUCUCCCAGUGAUGUGCCAUUGCCACAAACAAUGCCAGCAUCCGCCGCUAUUCUUGAAAAAAGUGGAGUAACAGUUUCACGUGUAAAGUCUAUCCGUGUUGUCGCUAGAGAAGCGCGAGAGCGUGAACGAACAAAUCGGAAAUCAGUUGAAGCCACUGCGGUAAAAGAGGGAAAAUUAGGUAGAAGGCCUACUACUAAACUAUGGGACAAGCGUGUUGUUGAACAAAGACCUACUGGUAAAAAAGCACCUUGCAUUUCCGGUUCGGACGAAGAUUGUACCGAAAAAAAACCUGUUAAAUGGGCAAAAGGUAGACUAAUAGGCAAAGGUAACUUCGGAAAAGUUUACAUUGCGCUGAACCUGAGCUCGUCAGAAGUGAUGGCGGUCAAGCAAAUAGAGCAACCGUUAACUCCUUCAGAUAAAAGAAAUGAACGUCAUCAGGUUCAGAUAAAAUCUUUUAAAGACGAAAUGAAAAUUUUAAAGGACUUGUCUCAUGAUAACAUAGUUUCAUAUAUCGGGUAUGAAGAAACCGAGGAAUAUAUUAACAUUUUUCUUGAAUAUGUUAAUGGUGGAUCCAUCGGUACAGUUUUAAGAAGUAAUGGUCCGUUUGAUGAACGAGUAGUAAAGUCAUUCACACGACAGAUUUUAGAAGGCUUACAAUACCUGCAUAAUCAAAAAAUAUUGCAUAGGGAUAUUAAAGCGGAUAAUAUCCUUGUUGAUGAAGAUGGUUGUUGUAAAAUUUCUGAUUUUGGAAUAUCAAAGAGAAGUGAUGUCACUACAAUGUUUAAGCUUGGAAGUGAGAAAAAAUCGCCUCCAAUAAGUGAAAAUAUUAAAUCAGAAAAGGCCCUGGACUUCUUAAACCAAUGCUUUAUAAUAAAUCCAGAUCUCAGGCCAACAGCUGAAGAUCUCUUAAAAAAUCCUUUCACGCAAGAUGAUCCCAAAUUCAAUUUAAAAGACUUUAUAAAGAUACCACAUAACAAUAAUACUGUUCCCGCGAUACCAGAAGACCAUGAAAACGCCGGUUGA